GUCGAUUUUUUUUUAAAAAAAGUAUAUUGUUUAUUUAACCACGUGACUCUGACAGAAGAAAAUGUGACCCGGUAGAGUAAUGGCGAACACUCCUGUAUCCAGUGUACCGCCGGUAAAACAAAAGAAAUUGAAAAGAUCGUUCAGCGCGGCGGACAUAGAUUCCGAAGAAGAAGAGGAUGCCGUCCAGUCAAAAUGUAUGAAAUACUCAUAUGAAUUACAGGAUACACUAGCAUCAGAUACUGUUCAGCCCUCUCCAUUAAAAAAAGUUGCAUCAGAUAAUACCGUUGCAACCUCUCCACUAGCAGAUUCUGGAUAUGAAAUUUCUGUAGGAAAUACUCCUGGCUCCAACAAACCGUGGAAAUACGUGCAGCCAGGAUCCAGUGGUUACGUCUCGGGGUAUAUUUCAGAUUCCGACUGUGGAACACCUGCGGUAGGUCAGAGAACACCGGGUCCAUUUUCUCCUGACUUUGUUCCGAGAGAAAAGAAGACUAUCGUUCCCUUCAGUCCGUAUCACCUGAAGUCAUUCAUUCAGAGGAACUUUGUACUGAUAAAGGAAGAAGUAGACCCAUCAGGUAUUGCGGAUAUUCUCAACACAGAAGGCAUCAUAACGAACAAUGACGUUGAAAUGAUCAGAGAGGAGAAGUUUAGAGUGGGGAAAUGUGAUAUAUUAUUGAAGUCUAUUGUAAGAUCUACACUGAAGAAUGAUCUCCACACACCAAGAAAAGUCAUCAGUGCUUUUGAAAAAGAGGGUUAUGGUCAUUUGUUCAAGGAAUUUAAAACAGAAAAAGCAAAACCAAAAGAGCAGUGUGGACAAAACGAAUUGACAAAAAAAGAGAUUAAAGGACGAUUUUAUCGUAAUAGUUCUUCCCUCGAAGAUGAAGUCGACCCGUUGUUAAUCAUCGAUGAUCUUGUAGCUGAGGAAGUUCUAUCUUUAGACGAACACCAGGACAUCAAAAACACAGACUUUAAGCCAAAGAAGGUGCAAUUUUUGAUCCAGUACAUAUUACGAAAGUCCGUGAAAGAUUUUUUGGCGUUUUGUAGCGUACUUGAGCGACAUUAUCCGUCUUUAGCGGAUCUACUGAAACGUGGUGAAUCAGGACCAACUCUUAUAGAUCAUAGAAGGACCUCCUCGAUUGACAUUACUUUAGUUAAGAAACCAGUCGAAACAUACGGAAACAGCAGUAAUCUUGCUGAUAAAGAAUCUGUCGAAAAUACAGAAGUGAAGUUCUUUUUUGUUGGAGAGGGAAAAGAAGAAGAACGAAUGAUUGUUGAUGAUAAUUUCCCCGAUGUCAACAUUGACCUACAAGAAGAGGCAAUGGAAAUUGGAUUUAACAUUCCAGACGUUCAGUUCUCAAGUAUUCGUAUAAAUCUCACAAGUAUGUCAAGACAGUCCCAGAUGGAGUUUUUAAAGAUGUGUAGGGAAUCACCCAUGUUUCUGGAGAAAUGGCUACAACACCUGAUUACCGACAAACAAAUACAACGUUUGAAGGAGAAGAAUAUUGACAAGAUGUCAUUUCAAAUAAAACUGUGCCUUUCAGAAUUGGAACAAAGAAUGUGUUCUUGCAAAUUGACCAAAGAAGUCAUAGUCCAGCAUUAUUCGUCCCUGGAAAAGAAUUUACAAUCUGUUGAUCAGAUUAUAAAGACAUUUGGAAGUUUUGAGGGAUUUGAUGAAAAGACCAGAAGCAUGUUUAGAAGUUUGCUCGUGAAAGACACAUCGGGGAAUAGGACAGAACAAUUCCUUCGAAAAUUGUUAGACUUACCAGAUACAAGAAUAUAUCUAUGCCUUUUGGAGAAAGAAAUGUGGCAAAACAAUACUCAACGUUUGAAACGAGUAAUAAAGGUCCAGCAAACAAACGAAGAAACUAAACUUUCUGUGACAGACCUUCGGCGUAAUAUGAAUUUCCUAGUUGACGAACUUGAGCCGAGGCACUUUAGAGAAAUGUUGACAGGGCUGGAGGGAAGCGAGCGUAUUGUAGAAAAAAUCAUGUCAACAGAACCGAGAAAGGAAAGAUGCAGAGAACUUCUGAACUUUAUCAUUCAGAAAAAGAAUACUGACAGAUUUGUACAGGAGUUGGAAAGGCGUAACAAAAGUCACGUUCUUGAAUUUCUGCGUGCGUCAAGACAAGAUGUCGAACAAAUAGAUCUGAAGGAAGCUUUGGUCGCUAAUUACAAGCGUAUCGUAGAUGAAAUAGAGCCGCGCGUAUUUCGUCAAAUGUUUGUCGAAAGACGGGAAAUAAAAGCUAAGGAUUUUGAUGUGAUCUACAAGAUGGCUACAAGACGACAGAGAGCCAUAUGGCUAAUGAGAAACAUUUUAAAGAGGAAUGGAUCAACCUGGAAGUGUUUUAUGGACACACUUGAAGUUUCAGGCUACAGACAUCUUGUAAAGAUGAUAAACAAUGACAUCGACUCAUACAAGGAGUGUCCUAGGCUCUACCAGUCAUUGCUUGGUGCACACAAUACUGUUAACAUAGAGGGCGAGUUCCAGCUGCAAUUUAAGCAAGGCGAUGUAUCGGAAUCUGCUUUACAAGUCUUCUUACACAGAACAAUAUACGUUAGCGAUAGCCAAGAGAAAGAAAUCGCUUCUCCGAUAGACGAAAAAGUUUGCUUGGAAACUCCAGAUAUUUCAUCUAAAGAGACCAUUACGAAACGCAACAGGACUCGUGAUUGGAUUCAAAUGCAGCAAAGUGAUCGUAAAAGAGAACGCAAUGAUUAUGACGAAACAGAACAACCAACUGAAAGUAAACAAUUCCGACCUGAAGUAGCAUUAGCUGUUGGCGCCAUUCAAGACUUUUCUCCAGCCUCAUCACCAACUUUUGGAAUGAUUCGUCAAGGCGAUUUGGCCGACAACUGCAGCUCAGCACCUCUCACGCGUUCAUUAUCAAGAGACAGUGACGAACGACCACUGUAUGAAGAUAUUUCACCCCCAUCAUCACCAGGUCGACAAAGUAUCGAUAAACCUCACAUGAUUAUCGAAGCACCCUGCUCUCCGUUAAACAUGUGUCAAUCAAAGCGUCGAAACUCGUUGUCGGACGGAUCUUCACAUACCUCGUCUCUUCCAGCAUCACCCAGCUGUUCUAGAGAUGUAUGUGUAAGCGCUUCACGCACAGAGCAGGACUCUUUAAACUCUACAUCCAGACCAUAUCGCACUUGGUCUCUAAUGCGUGCCAGUUUGAACUGCCAAGUUGAAACGUUUAUUACUUCUCUUCUGAAAGGGAAUUUCAAAUCUGCUAAAUUUUAAAUUCCUUGAAUUAUUUAUUUUACAAAUAUUUAGUCUUACCAAAUGUAUUUUAUUGACCUUUGCAAUACUGUACAUGAUUAACUUGUUUUUCGUUGUGUUAUUAUUUUUAUUGAUUAAGUGAUUGAUUACGUGUUUAUACUAAUACUUGGUUUGUUAAGUUUAUAGGACGUAAGUGAUAAUUUCGAAUGAAGUGCAAAUUUAUACCAUUUUUGUUCUUGUCAGUUAAUAUAAAUUCGCCAUGUCUUCCCGAUAGCUUUAUUUAUCUAUCCUUUUUGAAUCAUUAGUUGUAAAUACUUAUCACUAAAUUUAUCUGUAUUCAACGCUUUUUCCUCGCUGCUUAUUUCAUAAAAGUAGAUAAAAUAUAAAUGUUACAAAAAAUUAUGCGAUCUCAUUUGAUUCAAUUUGGUGCUGUAAACGAUUCGUAAAUUAGAUUUCUAAGAAAAUGCUCAAAUCGUCGCUUGUCUCUUAUAGUGAUCUAAGUCCAACACGUCAACAUAUUCAAAAUACUUUAUUUCGUUUAUUCUUUGACAAAGCACAAAAUGUGUGGUGACAUAUGUUCCAUUUCAGAAGAAAUAUAGACGUUUAUGAUUUAUACCUCUUUAGAUAAUUAAGUAUUUGUGUAUGAGCAUAUUUCAAUUUUGUCAAAAUUUAACGAUUUUCUUUUUGUAUAUGGGAAGAAUUGACAUAGUCUCAGUUUAGGGACAUAGAUCAAUUAUUCAUGUAACAGUAACAGAAAACAUAUGACCAUAUAGUACAUAAUAAUUGGUUUUACACAAGUAAAGUGUUAUAGUAAGCCGUCUCCAUGGUAUGGUGCACGACCUUAUAAACAAGCAUGCAGAUAGUGUAAGGCGAUAACUUAGUAACAGGAAGCACAAUAUUAGUUCAAAUGGUCCAGAAAACAGCUGUCUUCGAGACAAACGGUAUAAAUAUCUCAAAAUGCAAUUGGAUAUAAAGAUCACAAUAAGAGUCUAGCGACGAAAUACCAGACUAGUUAUUUUUUUUGCUAGUUAAAUAGGCAGUUUUUCAAAAUUUAUAUUUUUAUACACUUUAUAUUUAUUAUAUAUGUAAUCGAAUUUCAAUGUAUUAUCUAUAGUUUGUGGUUUCUCGAUUUGUUAAGUAGUAUUUAUACAAUUGAUAAUAAACAAACAAAUCUC